UUAUUGAUGAGCUUAUGAAUCUUCAUCGAGGAUAAGACUAUAUCUACUCAAAAGCUAAAACAAGUCGAAGAGGAACAUUAAUGGAGUCUUACCAAAACCAGUCCGGAGCGCAGCAGACUCACCCUCAGCUUGACCAGUACGGGAAUCCAGUCCCAAUAGGCACCGGGGCAUAUGGAGGAGCUCCAGUCAUGGCUGGUCAUCACACAGAAGGUGGUGGUGGUUUGAGCGGAAUGCUUCACCGCUCUGGAAGUAGCUCUAGCUCUAGUUCUAGCUCGGAGGACGAUGGGCUAGGUGGGAGGAGGAAGAAGAAGGGAAUCACGGCGAAGAUAAAAGAGAAGCUGCCAGGUCAUCAUGGGUCCCACCAGACUUCUUCAGCAACCAGCACCAUACCCGUUUAUGAUGCAACCGGCACUGGCGCCGUUCACCACGAGAAGAAAGGCAUCAUGGAGAAGAUCAAAGAAAAGCUUCCCGGCGGUCAUCAUUAGAUUAAUUUUAAUCAAACUUUCUUGCAUGUACUAAAGUGUUGUGUAUCAUGUAAUAAUAUAACGACGUGGCUUUUUAAGUCAGAAUAUACAUAAACAUAAUGACGUGGCUUUGUAAGGCAUAUUUGUGUUACGCGUAUGGUGGUUGCAUGUGAUGUAAUGCAACUGAUAGGGUUAAAUUUCGUGGAAUUGAUAUAAAAUC